CACCGUGAGCUCUCACAAGAAGACAAGGACCAACUCAUCAAAGAAUACGACGAGAACAGGGAGCACAAGACCAAGGGUAAGAGAAUAUCGUUGAGGUUGAAGAUCAACAAUAUCACGCAAACGCUUAGGGCUGUUGAGACCGAGUUGAUUAAGCUUCAAUGCCGCACCGGUGUCAAAUCAAUUGUUUACUCGACGCGAGGCUCUACUGACCUCGCACUAAGAGGUAUCACAUUUAAUACCGAAGGAGUUGAUAAUUUCAUGGAGUCGAUGAUGAACAUCGAUAGCCAAGACCUUAUGAGUAAGAUGGAAGGAUAUGCCAUGCAAGGCAUGCAAGGCAAGUUUUUUGGUCUUGAUAUUUCAACAUCAAACACUUAUGAUCUUAUGGCAGGCGCAGCCAAAAGUCAUCAGGACUGUUGUUCAAAGGCUCGUGGUGAAACCAGACAUAUCAUCAACCAGAAACUUCAGGAAAUUACAGGUAAUCCGCAGGCCACGAUGCAAUGGACAGAAUAUUGGCGCAACAUUGUUCAAUGCUAUUGCAUUGUUUGUGAGGGCUGGCCCUCAACUGUCCCCUUCAAGAACUUGAGUGAAGCAUCUAGUUCUCUUCCCGAGCUCAAGAUGCUCCAGGACAAGUGGGAAAGUGGUGCCAUUAAAUGGAGACACCUAGAGGAGGAAGAAUAUCAACAGCUUCUUCAAGAGCGCCUUCAGAAGAUUGACAAUGGGGAGAUCGUUGAGCGCACCUGUCGUCAGUGCUCGGACAAGGGAAAAAAGUGUACCCGAACAUCGGACAACCCUUCUACACAUAAGAAGAAGGCAUACAAAAGCGCGGAUACUGUUGAGAGUGAUGAGAAGCGCGAUAGUAUG